GUUUUUAACUUUUUUUUUACAGUUUGGUUUGAUUGUGCUAUUAUUAAGAGAUAUUAUCAAUUAGUCUCGAGUAAUAUUUAUUCUUUUUCCCGACUUUAUGGUUCUUUAAUUGUAAAUGAAGGUCAUUAUUUGAAGUAAUUGGAUGCUUAAGAUAUUUUAAGUUCGUACAAUUUUGUCGGCGUUACAGAGUGUCAAGUAAAUCUGCAUCAUGUGUCAAAAAAUAUAUUUGUCACUCUGAGAUCAACAAUCUUUUGUUUUGUUGAGAUAAACAUUUAGGUGCUUGGUUAAUCACCCUGUACGAUGUCUAAAACAAAUGUUGUUGGGCAUUCUCUUUUGCAAGCACAUGAUGUACUUGCCCAAGAAGUGUAUGGUGAAGAUGCAAUUCAUGUCACACCUCCCCCUGUUACACCAUAUGCCAAUGGCGUGCAAGGCAUUGAAACCGAAAUUGGUCCUGAAGCCAAAACAGUAACUCGAGUUCGUCUAGUACAAUUUCAGAAAAAUACAGAUGAACCAAUGGGCAUCACUUUGAAGCUAGAUGAUAAAGGCAGGUGCAUUGUUGCACGCAUAAUGCAUGGUGGAAUGAUUCAUAGACAAGCUACUCUUCAUGUUGGAGAUGAAAUUCGAGAAAUCAACAAUGUUAGUGUUGCUAAUCAAACUGUAGAUGCUUUACAAAAAAUGCUGAGAGAUGCACGAGGAAAUGUAACAUUCAAAAUUAUUCCAAGUUAUAGAACUGGACCUCCUACUUGUGAGAUAUUUGUACGAGCUCAAUUUGACUAUGAUCCAAAAGCAGAUGAUCUUAUUCCAUGUCCACAAGCUGGCAUCAAAUUUAAAACAGGUGAUAUCUUGCAAGUCAUCAGCAAAGAUGAUCAUAAUUGGUGGCAAGCAAGAAAAGAAGGAUCAGAUACAACAGCUGGAUUGAUUCCAUCUCCAGAAUUACAGGAGUGGCGUAUUGCUAGCUUGGCUGUUGAACGGUCUCGAAAUGAUCAAGUAAAUUGCUCAUUUUUUGGACGUAAGAAGAAGCACUACAGAGAUAAAUAUUUAGCCAAACAUAAUGCUGUAUUUGAUCAACUGGAUUUGGUCACUUAUGAGGAAGUAGUUAGACUUCCGGGUUACAGAAGGAAAACUUUAGUCUUAUUAGGUGCUCAUGGGGUAGGAAGGCGUCACAUUAAAAACACUCUCAUAAGUAAUCACCCUGAGCAGUAUGCAUAUCCAAUUCCUCAUACUACACGUUUGCCUCGACCUACAGAAGAAAAUGGACGAAAUUACUAUUUUGUAACACAAGACGAAAUGAUGUCUGAUAUCCAUGCCAACGAGUAUUUAGAAUAUGGUACACAUGAAGAAGCUAUGUACGGAACAAAGCUGGAAACUAUACGCAAGAUUCACAAAGAUGGCAAAAUUGCUAUUUUAGAUGUGGAGCCUCAGGCCUUGAAAAUUCUAAGGACUGCUGAGUAUGCACCCUUCGUUGUGUUCAUAGCUGCACCCACUUUAACAAAUAUUAGAGAUACUGAUGGCAGCUUAGAGCGAUUGGCUAAAGAAAGUGACCUUCUUCAACAAGCCUAUGGACAUUAUUUUGACUUGACGAUAGUAAAUAAUGACAUUGAAGAAACUAUUCAUACACUAGAAAAAGCAAUAGACAACAUUAGUACAGUUUUACAAUGGGUACCAGUAAGUUGGAUAUAUUAAUGAGUGUUUAUCUAUGCAAUUUUAAUUUGAACUUUUGACAUGAUUAGAUUGCUCAGUUUCCAUGGAGUUAUUGAAUCUCAAUGACUUGUGACUCCAAUGAGGUUCAGAAGAUGAAUGUGUAAACAAUAGAACAAAACUUUUUAAUACAGAGUUGUAAAAGGUUCUUUCCUUUAAUAUGAUAAAAAACUAUGUUACUUGAAGAAAAGUUAGCAAAACUUGUCUAAUGGAAAGAUUGAAAGGAAUAAAAAGCUUUAGUUUGUUAUGAAAUAUAAAGAGUUACUAAUAUGUAAUGCAGAUUAUACUUCAAUUUCAGAACAUUUUCAUUAUUAAAAAGCAUGUGAUAGAUUUAUUCAUUAGUUUUGCAUGAAGCUUUUAACUGCUUUAAAUUUAUUUGUGCUUUAUUAUGUUAUGAUAUUGAUGUAAAGACCAGAGUUCUUCCUAGGCAUUUUGAAAAGGGUAACUUGUUCUGCCUGCCUUUUUAUCUUAAAAAACCUUAACUAUUACAAAAUCUCACUUAAAAUCAUUUAAUGUGCACACUGUGUAAGACAUAUUGGCACAGAGUACUUAACACAAAAUUUUCUGCAAUUCCAUAUUUCUCAGAUGUUAUAAUUAUGUUUUUGACAGAAUGCUUACAGCAAAAUGCAUCAAUAUUAUGUAUAUUGAAAAAAAAUAUGUUUUUUUGUCCAAAAUCCUUCAGGAUUUUAAAAUUAGCUGCCUUAUAAUGUGUUGAAGGAAAACAAAACUACUAUGCAAUUUUGACUAACUAUGUUUUGACUAACUAUGCAAUUUUGAAACAUCGAAAGCGUGUUACUGUAAAUCAUUUUAAAAUUCCAUUGUUGCCUAGGUUUUUAAAGUAAGGUGAAACCAGUUUUCGUAUUGUUGAGAAGUCAUUCAUUUGAAAAUGUACUGCUAGCUUUAAUCAUAUAUACAAUCAAAUGACUUUAGUAUCAUUAAAUGCGUAUUUAACUUAGAGCACUUACCGUGUCUUUAUAAUUGUUAAGAGUAGAAUAAUACAAUCAAACAAAUCUUUUUUUGUUAAUCACUUUUAUACUCUUUAGCUUAUUUUAUUUAAUGUAUCUUUAAACUCCUUUUAAGACUGUUAUGUGAAGAUAAAAUAUAAGAUGACAAAAAUGCUAAAUAAUUAUGAUGAAAAAAAGUUCGGGUGAACAAACUUAAAAAAAAAAAGCCCACUGAUAAAGAUUUAAAAGCCCAGUCACGCAAUGAAAAAUUAAUUAAAAUAAUGCUUACUAAACUUUCUUUCACACUAAUUAAAAUAUGUAAAAUGAUUAAUAACUUCAGUAAGAAACUAAUUAACUACUAGACUGCUGUGCAAUUGAAAAAAACAACAUAAGUGUUACAAGAAAGAUUUCAAGAAAAGUGAUUAACAGCUAUUUUUCCAGCUAUUUCAAUGAUAUCGAUUCAAAAUAUUUCAAAUUUGUUAUUCACCUACCUUAAU